AUGGGCUCCACUGAGAGACGGCGGCUGCGCAUCGGCGUGGAUGUUGGCGGCACCAACACGGACGGCGUCGUCCUCGACCCGGCGCGGUCGGGCGAACCGGACAAGGGCAUCGUGGCGUGGCACAAGGCGGCGACCACGACGAAUCCCAGCGUGGGCAUCGGCCACGCGAUCACGGAGAUGCUGACGUCGGCGCACAUCCCGGCCGCGGACGUGGCCAGCGUGACCAUUGGCACGACGCACUUUGUGAACGCCGUGGUGGAGCGCGACGCGCGGCGGCUGUCACCGGUGGCCGUGCUGCGGCUGUGCGGGCCCUUUUCGCACCACACGCCGCCGUGCGUAGACUGGCCCGCGGACAUGCGCGCGCUGGUGCUCAAGCACUAUGCGAUCCUGCCGGGCGGGCUGGAGGUCGACGGGUCGCUGAUUGCCGACAUUGACGCAGCGGCGAUCGAGGCGGCGUGCAUCGAAAUCAAAGACAAACACAAGGAGGUCAAGAGCAUCGUCGUCAGCGGCACGUUCAGCCCCAUAGACACGGUCGAGCGGCAGGAAGAGCGCGCGGCUGCGAUUGUGCGGCGCGUCCUGCCCGGCCACGACGUGGUGCUCUCCAAGGACGUGGCCAGCCUGGGCUUUGUGGAGCGCGAGAACGCGGCCAUUCUGAAUGCGGCCAUCCUGGCCUUUGCGCGCAGGACCAUCCGCGCCUUCCACGAGCCCGUGCAGCGCCUGGGGCUGCAGUGCCCCGUCUUCAUCACGCAAAACGACGGCACCGUGCUGUCGGGCGCCAUGGCCGCCAAGCUGCCGAUCCGCACGUUCUCGAGCGGUCCCACCAACAGCAUGCGCGGCGCCGCCUUUUUGGUGGACGGCGAGACCGACCUGAAGGCGGAGGCGGUCAUGGUGGUCGACAUUGGCGGCACGACGACCGACGUGGGUCUGCUGCUAGCGAGCGGGUUCCCGCGGCAGCAGGCCGCGUACAGCGAGCUGGCCGGCGUGCGCAUGAACUUUUCGUGCCCGGACAUCAAGAGCAUCGGCAUUGGCGGCGGAUCCAUUGUGCGACGGCUUGCCAAUGCGGGUGACUCGCCCAGCCUGACGGUCGGCCCAGAUAGCGUCGGCUACAAGCUGACCAGCGAGGCCGUCGUCUUUGGCGGUGAUGUUCUGACGACGACCGACUGCACCGUCAUGGCCGACCCAGCCAACGUCCAGAUUGGCAAUGCGGGUCUGGUCAAGGGCCGUCUCACCGCCGAUGAGCUCGCCGCGUUCCAGCAGGUCGUCAAGAAGAAGAUUGAGCGCGUCAUUGACAACAUGAAGACGUCGCCCCAGGACGUGCCUGUCCUUCUCGUCGGCGGCGGUGCCGUCAUUGCGCCGGACACCCUGAAAGGCGCCAGCCGCGUCCUGAAGCCGCGCUGGUCGGGCGUGGCCAACGCCAUUGGCGCGGCCAUGGCGCGUGUCAGUGCUGUAGUCGACACCGUCAAGUCCACCGAGGGCACGACGACGGCAGCGCUGCUGCGACAGAUCUCCGAAGAGGCCAUUGCCCAGACGGUCGCUGCCGGUGCCGAUCCUGCCACUGUCAAAAUUGCCGAGAUGGACACUCUGCCGUUGCAGUACGUCCAAAACAAGUCUCGCUUCGUGGUCCGCGCGGCCGGCGACUUCGACUACAGCCGCACCGACAUGGACCAGCCGUCCAAGGACGCCGUCGUCGACGCCGAAGAGGGCGCGGAGCAGGACAUGGAGCAAUACGAAAAGACGGCCAAGGACGCCAGCACCACCGCGUCGGACGCCCCGUCCUCGGAGCCGGUGACCAAGCCAGCGCCGUCCAGCGACCUCGACAUCGACACCUACCGACCACUCGUGCGGGGCCGCAACUGGUUCGUCUCCGAGACGGACGUCAACUGGAUCGCGUCGGGAUGCUACGUGCUCGGCACCGGCGGCGGCGGCUCGCCGUACUCGCACAUGGUGCGGCUACGCGAGAUGCUGCGCAAGGGCGCCGUGGUGCGCGUCGUCAGCCCGGACGACCUGGCCGACGACGCGCAGGUCGGCACGGGCGGGUCCAUGGGGUCGCCGACGGUGGGCAUUGAGAAGCUGCCGGGCGACGAGAUGCUCGAGGCGCAGCGCGAGCUCGCGCGGGUGUGCGCGGUGGCGCCGACGCACAUCAUUUCCAUUGAGAUUGGCGGCGGCAACGGCCUGCAGAGCAUGGUCGUGGGCGCCAGCACCAACAUGGACCUGCCGGCCGUCGACGGCGACUGGAUGGGCCGCGCCUACCCGACCAAGUGGCAGACGACGCCCGUCGUCUUCAACGAGCGCGCGCCCGUCUUUGCGCCCAUGGCCAUGUGCGACGGCAACGGCAACACGCUCGUGGUGCGCCGCGCCGUGUCCGACGCGCACGUCGAGCGCAUCACGCGCGCCGCCGUCAGCCAGAUGGGUUCGCACGCCGGCUGCGCCGAGGCGCCCGUGCGCGGCGACGAGACGCGCCGCUGGGCCGUCGCGCACACCAUCUCGCAGGCCUGGCGCAUCGGCCGCGCCAUCGACCGCGCGCGUCGCACCAGCAACCUCGACCGCGUCGCCGACGCCAUCAUCGACGCCUGCGGCGGCGCGCAGGCGGCCAAGGUGCUGUGGCGCGGCAAGAUUGUCGGCGUGGAGCGGACCCUGCGCAUGGGCCACGUCUACGGCGAGUGCAUCAUUGAGGGUGGAAGCGAGGACGGCGUGGAAACCGCAAGCGGCAGCUUCGUCGGUCGCGUCAAGAUUCCCUUCAAGAACGAAAACAUUGCUGUGCUUCGCGUCCAAGACGGUGCGGACGCCGCGACGGAGAAACAGGAGGACGUGGUGGCCCUCGUGCCCGACCUGAUUGCCGUCAUCGACGACCAGAACGGCGAGGCCAUCGGCACGCCCGAGUACCGCUACGGCCUGUUUGUCACCGUCCUCGGCAUCGCCGCCAGCGACCGCUGGACGCACAGCGAACGCGCCGUGUCCAUUGGCGGCCCGGAGGCCUUUGGCUUCGGCCACCUCAAGUACGAGCCACUCGGCACGUUUGUCAAGCCCCGGAGCGUCAUUGACGAGUUCGAUACUGCAGUAUAG